AUGUCCGAUCUUCAUGGGGUCGAGCAGCGUGUUCUCAAUGUUGAGAAUGUAAUUAAACACGUGCUGACACAAACAGCGAACGGACUCGACGACCGCUAUGAGAAGUACAUCCCGCUGUUAAACAGGCAGCGCUUGGACCUUGCCGAAGGACUCCAAGCUCUUGACAAGGAGAUCUCGCGUAAACUCGAAGAUAUUGCGAUUCGUGUGACUGCUGCCGAAGAGACCGGGGCCAAGUUGGAAACGGUGCGCAUGCGAAUCGAGGCAAUUCGUGAGGCUCGCGGCUUCGUGGAAGCUGUCGAAGAUGUGGAGCGUCAUCUCGCCAAGGCCUACUUUGUCGAGCCACCAAUUUCCACGAUGGCCCAGAAUGUACGCCAUCUCACACAAUCGCUCGACUCUGUCAGCAAGUGUGCUGAAAAAUACGGCAUCGAGAAGCGGAUUGGUGACUCUCUCGGGGCUGAGGUGCGGCGCCAAUACGAAUACCUCUGCUACCAGCUGACCAAGUACUACAAGGAAGCGAUCCAGUUCGGUGAUCCCGACGUCAAGAACACUCAUAUAUUGACGUUCAAUAUGCCCACGGUAACCACUGCUAGUCAGCAUUUCACUGCAAUGGCCGACAUUAAAUCGCUGGAUGUUCGGUUGGUGCGGCUCGCGGAAUACAUUGUGGACAAGAUGUGCGCAGCCGUGAUCAAGAAUGGUGGCGCUCCGGCGGCCGUAAAAAUUUACAGGGAUACGAUGGAUAAGCUGACGAUCAAGGUGCGAGUGCCCGCCAAAACUGACAAAUCUGAACCUCUGGACGCGAAAGCCGUAUUGAGUGCUCUUACCAUUCUGUUGCGCGCCAUUGCCGAACAACUGAACCUGGUCGUGGUGCAGCAGCGCUCCCUUUCACUAUGUUUGGGAAAGCACAUCGAGAAGCCGCUGAUGCAGUUGCUUUUGAAGGAGGUAAUCAGUGUGUGCGUGCCGGCACUUGCUCACAAUGAUGAUCCGACGAUGCAAGCCGUGAUGGAAGCUGCCGAGGCCUGGCGCGAUGCCCUUAUUGAGGCGCAGCUGUUCACAGUGGCCACCCCGACAUUCGCCAGCUUUGCUGCGGAGAACGACCGCGUCUUUAUUGAUCGUAGG